AAUUAGAAUUAUCUACUGAAGCUCGCUUACAUAAUGCACAUAAUGUCCCUUCCUAUAACCAUGCUCCUACCUAGGUACCUAGGCAAAAAGAAUCUUCCCCCAAACAACUUCGGAACUCUAUCCAUCUCAUCAAUGAACAAUCUAUUCGGAAGCCAUAUAAUAUCAAUCUCUAGAGUUUCUCCCUAGGAUAUUUUAUCAAGCAUUAACGUGCUGAAAUGGCACGAAUGCUCAUAUCAACCUAAGGUCUUCUGAGGUGUUAUGAUGCGAAAGUUUUCCAACCUUCUCAUUCGGUCGGGUUUGCUCUAAGUAGUAGCAUCGCAGGGUGGUAAAUGAACGAGACUGUGGUAUCAACUCAGGGGCAUGUGGGCGGUUAGGUACCUAUCCGGGUACCUAAGUGCUAGUUUGCUUCGCCCCAUUUAGUCGCCAUUUAGAGGCGAAGCCCCCAGAAAGACGCGGCGGGUCCGCUAAAACCACAAAUCUUUGCUCAUUAUUCAUCUCCUAAAAACAUCAACAUGUCUAUAACUCAUAUCAGUUUUCGCUUACAUUAACUUCAUACGAUAUACCUGAGAAGUGAUGAUCAUAAGGGGAGGUAGAUCACAGAGUGAUGGCUCUGAUGCCGAUUCGUCGGCGCCAAAUGCGAAUGGAGGCCGGACAGUGAAACUUCACAGACGAUCACAUCGAAAAUCGCGUCGAGGCUGUUCCAAUUGCAAAAAGGCCAGGAAGAAAUGCGACGAAGUGCAACCGACGUGCUCAAAUUGCGUCAGGCGGCAACUAGACUGCGAUUUAGUUCAUUCUCCAACACCAGACGCAGGUAAUUCGGCAGACCAAUUCCAUAGAAGUCCCGGUGUCAGAUCAGGUUCGCUCCGCAGUGAGCUCAUGACUCCCGGCAGUCAAGCUAGCCCUCAAAGCCAAGCCUCUGCCUGUCAAAUUCCAAGUGCGAUUUUAUCUUACGAGGAUAUGGAGUUUCUCCAUCACUUUUCUACCGACUCUGAUAUCGGCGUCGGCGAUUCUAGCGAAGGUAAAAGGUUAUGGCAGAUUCACAUGCCAAAGAUAGGAUUUGCUCAUCCUUUCGCUCUACAUCUCAUUCUCGCCUUCUCAGCUCUACACCUCGCGCAGCAGCAUCCCAAUCGGAGGGAUCAUUUAAUCGCAGAAGCCGGCCGCCAUCACACGAUAGGCUUGUCAGGUACCACUGACGCAUUGCGUAAUCUUCAUUCUGGAAACAGUUCAGCGGUGUAUAUUUCAGCAAUGUUUGCCUCGUUCUGCGAUCUUGCGUUCGGACCACAGACUGGCGAAUAUCUCGCCUUUAAUGAUAGAGGCACGGAAGCAAAGUGGUUCACGUUUCUUAAGGGUGUGCGUAGCAUUAUGGAAUCAGGUAUUCCAUAUAGCUUCCCAUCCGCUACCGACGAGGGCACUACCGCGAAUGACUCUUCCCCAGAGUUCAAAUUGAGAUAUCACCCCGCAUACACAGAGCCUUUCCGCACGCUGCGAAACUACAUACUCUACACAACGACCGCGAAUUAUACCGCCGUCUCAACCUACAUGGACGCUUUUGAGCUCCUUAAAGACACAUUCGAUAGUGUGUACGCCGGACUUCGCAACCCGCAAUGCGAAAAUGCUCACUUUUCGGUAUUGAUAUUCAGAUGGCUUUAUCUUAUAAGCGAUGAUCUUGCUGCCCGGCUCCAGAAGAAAGAACGGGUUGCGCUUAUCAUAUUCGCUCACUUUGCUGUUCUGUUCAGGGAGAUGGAAUCUUUUUGGUUCACUCAAGGGUGGCCGACCCAUAUUCUGCAUGGCGUUUACAAUCAUCUUGAGGAAUCUGAUAGGGUUCACAUACAAUGGCCUGUUGACGAACUUAGCCUAGGAACCAGCGUGGGAAUAGCUCAUGAAGCGCCGAACUCAACCCCAGACAAUUAUACGCAACAGAAUGCGGGGUCGGAGUUUCUUAGUUCAUGCCCAGUAGGAAACGGUGGUUAGAACGGAACGUAAAGAGAUUUUCGAAAAAUUCCCGUAUGCUCGCAAUCACCGGAUUAAAAGCUGUUUCACCAUCUCUUAUUAAAUUCGAUGAGAUGUCGGACUUGAGCAUGACCUCGUGGCGGGCUUGUUGCACUGUAGGAUUCAAUAUUCGCCCGGCAGGCGCUAUAUUUCGGAGGGGGGACCCCCUGGGAGUAUUUUGCCAUUCACUCGGCGCAUUACUCCGCACUCGUUCUUUACGAUUACCGGGAGUGAUGCGCUGUAAUUUGAGGGUGUACAAUGCCGUAAUUUGCGUUAAUUAUGGAUGCUAUAUUUCGGUAAAUACCGCUAAAACACAGCAUUCUAUGCCUUCCAAAUAUCCUACCUUAUACGAGGGCCGAUCAGCACUGGCGCCGCUUUUCACUAUCAUUCGCUCUUGUCUCAAUUCUACUGUCCAGAGUCACAUACGGGCAACGACGAGUUGUUCUUCCAGUCACA